AGCAAAACCAAUCGAGCGGGAAAGACAAAGGAAAAGGGAGCGGUGAACAGGAGUGAGAGCGAUGAGCUCCUCGCCGGCGGCCGUUGCCGAUGAUUCGCCGGAUCUUGUUUGCCACCUCGACAGCAUCCAUGGCAUGGUCGACGCCCUCACCUCUGUCCGCUGGAAGCGCCACCAGGAUGUCGUCCUCGAGAUCUCGGAGCAUGGAAUCGUCGUCAUAGUUGAGGAAUCCGGCUGCCUCCAGGCCAAGGUUUAUCUCAAGCGCGAGCUGUUUGUUUUUUAUGAGUACACGGCUGAGGGACGCCCUAGGUUCGGUAUGAGCUUGGACUUGUUCGUUGACGGCCUCAACAUAUUCUCUGCUUUAGGGUCUGCCACUGUUGUUGAGAUUCGAUACCCAGGUCCUGAUAUGGAGCUCGUUCUCAAGACAGUGGACUUCCCCAAUGGUUCCCUUUAUGCUGCGAUCAGAACAAGGAUUCCAGAUACCAUUUCCUGGGAUUACGACUUUGAACCCACAGGGAAUGUUCCCAUUAGUUUUACUGUCAAGUCUGCUGUGCUGAAAGAAACCAUUGAAGAUCUUGAAUGGCCAGGGUCUAGUAUCCAGAUAGUUUUACAGCCUGAUCCUCCUUCUGUGACAUUUAGAGGUGAUGGUCAUGGCGAAUUGCAGAUUGACUUCCCAUAUUAUGCGAGUACUGAUCUUCUAAUAGCAUUCCAGUGUGAUCUCCGUAUUGCUUACUGGUAUAAAUACAAAUUUCUCCGUGCGACCACUUCAAACAUCCCAGCAAGUGUCUUAAAAGAUAACAGAGGCAGCAAAUUAACCAUUGGAAGGGGAGGGAUGUUGAAAAUACAGCAUUUGGUUUCAGUCGGCAGACCCUGUGCCCCGCAUCCUCACGGUGAUAACCUCGGACAACCUAGCCGAAUUGCUUACAUUGAGUUCUAUGUCAAACCUGAGGAAGAUGAUACUACUAUAAAUGAUUCUUAGACAUUCUUCCAAGUUGUCAAAUUUUCAAUUUCUGUCAAUCUAAACAAAGAAGGCAAGAAACCUUGUUUUAUGGGUAUAUGUGCAAUUGUUCUUAAUCAGGGGUAUAUGUGAAAAAAGCACUUAUUUUUA